GAUGACAAAACGCCAGUGUCUCUGUGAUUAGCUUUUAGCUUCAACCAUCGUUAAAGCGGCAGCUGUCAAGCUAUAUCGCAAACUCUAAAAGACGUACAGUACCAACUCUAGCCAUAGCCAGUGGACCACUGGACAAACCACUGACAGACAGACAGUACCAAGGCCAGUCAGUGGACCACUGGAUAAACCACAUGAUGGAAUCAAGGAUAAAUUGACGCAGAUUUCUUUUGCUAAAAGCAGAUUGAUGAGAGAAGUUUAAAGCCAAACAUAUGUUGGCAAAUAUCAUUACACUUCAAAAUGAAUCGUCAACUCCUAUACAAAUAUCUGAUAUUUCAUACAAACUUUAAAAGCAACGAAUGUAUCGCAGUGAACAUCAACGUGAAUUGAUACAAUGGUUGGACAUAUAACUGUUUGGAACAUUUCUUGUGGAGAACUACAGAACGAUUUUUACUGCAUCAUCAACAUUUGUUAUAGUGAUUGUAUUGUAUAAGGUUAACACUGAUGCUGCAAUGGCUUCGGUUAUUCUCCUUGAUGACCUUCUGUUAAUCAUCUGUACUUUUUUGAGCUUUCUUGUUCAGGAAACAAUACAGGGACAAAACGAGCGCCACCUACUUCAUUUUCUCUUCGUGGAGAACCAGUACAACCCUUUAGAAAGACCAGUGGCCAAUGAGACGAAGCCAAUUAUUGUAAAAUUCGGAAUCACACUGCAACAAAUCAUAGACAUUGAUGAAAAAAACCAGAUUCUGUACUCCAAUAUUUGGUUACAAAUGAAAUGGAAUGAUGUUAACUUGAUCUGGGAGCCACGGGAAUUUGGUGGAGUUGAGGAACUCAGAAUCCCGGCAAAAAAAGUAUGGAAACCGGAUGUGCUGCUCUAUAACAGUGCGGACGAUGAUUUUGACGGAACUUACCACUCUAACAUCAUAGUAAACAACAGAGGGGAGGUCAAAUGGAUUCCUCCCGGAAUGUUCAAGAGUACCUGUCAGAUCGAUAUUGCGUGGUUCCCAUUUGACGAGCAGAAAUGCGAUCUCAAAUUUGGAUCCUGGACAUAUGAUGGCCGUUUUCUCGACCUAAUUUUUGACGGAUCUUCAAAUGGCGAUGCUUCUGACUUCAUAAGGAAUGGAGAAUGGGAUCUAUUAGGUGUACCGGGUGUGAGGAACCAGAAAUCAUAUGAGUGUUGUCCUGAGAUCUAUAUUGACAUUACCUACACGAUCCACGUUCAGCGCCGGACGCUGUAUUAUGGCUUUAAUAUCAUCAUACCAUGUGUUCUCAUCUCCUCCAUGUCUCUCCUAUUGUUUAUGCUACCACCUGACUCCGGCGAAAAAAUAUCACUAGGUAAACAAAGAGUUAAAUGUGGUGUGACAAUUCUGUUGUCACUUAUGGUAUUCCUGCUACUGGUAGCAGAGACGAUGCCACCCACUUCUGACGCUGUUCCUUUGAUUGGUAUUUAUUUCUGCUGUAUCAUGAUAAUGUGUUCCAUGUCUAUGAUGUUCACAGUUAUCGUUCUUAAUUUUCAUUAUCGUGGACCGGAAACCCACAGUAUCCCUUCCUGGGUGAACGAAUGGAUCAACGGACGACUUGCCUGGCUUCUAUUGAUGAAACGCCCUGGACAGCAAAAACACAAACAUACCAACGACACGAUAGAAAGGACGCGUCUCCAUGACAUCGUGGUCCAAGAACGACAAUCAAGGUGUCUUCUGUCAGGACUUGAGUUUGAAGAUGAAAUCCGAUUGGAAAACGGAGCUGUCCCCAAACCCGGAGAUUCCCCAUUUCUGAGUACAAAAUCAGACCUUUUAUCGAUUUUAAGAGAACUGAGGAAAAUCACAACGAGGUGUAAGAGAGAGGAGGAGGAAGUUAUAGUGAGGGGGGAAUGGCGGUUCGCUGCCAUGGUGAUUGAUCGCCUCUGUCUCUGGAUAUGUGUGACCUUUACUGUUAUAUCUACUCUGGCUGUUCUGUUUUCCGCCCCGCAUUUAGUGACAACUUGAAAAUAUUAACAAUCUUAAGGAGAACAAUGAAGAUCCUUUGACACUUUCAUCUCUACUUUGUAUUUUUUACUUCUUAUUUUAAACAUACCAUUGUCAAUAAAUGAUUCUAAAGGCUAAA